AUGUCGGAGUGGUUCCACUGGACCGUCGGCAGCGCCAACCCGUUCGUCGACUUCUCCACGAUCUGGAUCGAGCCACUCAUACAGCAUGCCGUCGAUUUCAGCCACCGUGUCGAACCGGACGUUCUGUGCACGCUCGCCUACCUCGCCUGUAUGGGCUCCGCGUACCUCUUUCACUCACCCUUUCGUGCUCACGCCACUGCCGCCAUGGACACGUACGGUCGUGUCACGAAGGUUUUUCAGACCUGGAGCACCAUCAUCUUUUUUUGCUUCCACAUCGGUCCGCAGCUUUUCAGGGAUAAGCGGCCGAAAAUCAGCAGCGUAGACACGAAGGACACAGUACCUAUUCUCUUCUUUCCGCUCUUCAUUAUCUUCACGAUCUGCUUUGGGUUUCUGCACAAGGUGAAGCGGCGCUGGGGCCUCAGCCUCACGUAUGGCAGCCGCUUCUCCGUCAUCGCCCUCAACUCUCUCGUCCUCGCCGCACUCGGUACGGCGCACUAUGCCUACUGUCAUACCCUUCGCCCAAACGCGUCCCACUACGUCUGGCGCUUCAUCUUGUACUACCUGAUGCCUAGCUCCAUCGUCACACAGCCGUUCUGGUGCGUCUCAAAGCUGUUGCUCUUGUCUGCGUGCUUCAUCACCACGGAUUACCACUACAAGAAGUGGAUGGGGUGUGACCCUGCCCGCGGGAUCCUGUGGGCGGAACUGUACGAGUUGAACAAGGGAAGGCACAAAGAGGUACUCAUGAUGGAGAGAAACAGUAAGGAGGGUCAGCAGGACUGGAGAAAGCUUGUUGCGCCGCCGCGGGUGUACACACCUGCUACACCGAAUACCCGCACCACCGCCGCUCAGGCGGCCGCGGCGGCGGUGCUAGGGGUUCCUGUCGAAGGGCGAAUUCAUGGGGCGGUGUGUAAUUCCUCCGCCACGAUUGACUCCGCCGCGCGCACGGCACCUGCACCGCGCAUUCUGUAUCACGAGUGUCCCCCAGACGUGAACCUAGACUUGCUGGAGUCUUCGUAUGACGCAGAUGACGCGGACCUGCGUCGCAUCUGCGGAGGUGUGGGUGGCGUGCCGCUCAGGGAGGCGAAUCGGAUCUUCUCCGCCUCCACAGUUGACAACUCUCCAUUACCACACACACACCUGGAUGGGGUGAUGAGUAGGGCCUUGUACAAACUGGACCACACAGACCCCAACCUCACCGCUCUCACGUCUUUUCGAGCACCACAGCUCUUUGUGAAGGAGGUGCAGGAGGCACAACACCCGGUGAACCGGCCAGGUAUGGUGCCGUGGUGGUCGACGUUCGUGCUGCUCACAGUGUGGCAGACAGUGGCAGGCGCGAUGCUGCGCUUUCUUUCCUUUGAUGUGCGCACUAUUCAGGGCUACACCACACCCAAAAUCUUUCAUCUGCACUUCUCCUCCUCUCUGCGAGACACCAUACGCAGUGCCACGGAGGCGUUCAGCCGCUGUACAGCGAUGCGCCGGCGCACCAGCUGCGACAGCAUUGCCAACUCCUCCGGUCUAUGCAGCCUCUAUGCGCCGGGUAACCACGGAGCACCUUCACACAAUGACGAGGAUCAGGGUGUGCGCAAGAACGCCUGCAUCAGAGAGUGCUGUGUCCCUGCUGCAGCAGCGACGUCGCCUCUAAUUGAGCCUGACGUGUGGUUUGAUUGGAUUGCUGAUGUUGGUGAUGGCUUUAACCCAACGUACGCCAUGGCUCGACUUCUGGCCCAGCCGAUGCUACGGCUGCCCUUGGCGGCGACCAGGAAGGCAAGGUGGCGGCGGCUAUUUCCAAGCGACGAGGACGAAGUCACAGGCGUCGGCAACUACAACAACCUCGCAGACAGGGCUUCUUUGAGCUCAUCGGCACCGACGACUCCCACGGCGCCCAUGCCAGGUGCAGUAGAGGAGGAGGCAACUGCCCUGGAGCUGCCACGUGCCGCAUCCUUCUGGACCGCUAACGUCUCAGGCAUGAGCACUGCAGGCAGGACGGGAAGUACAACACUCCUGCAGCCACUGCUGAGACGUUCGAGGACACACGUCGCCGCUGCUGCUGUUCAGGGGUCGACGAUGAGAACCAGGCGAGAUGUAGGAAAGAAUCUCGCGGUAAGCAAGGCGGCUAAAACAGGCUCGCUUGACCUCAACAGCUCCGUUUACCCGCGGCACACACUACACCGUCGAAUUGCUUCGGAGGAUUCCCAAAGUACCAAGUCAACUGCAUCUCGGUCGCUGCUAAGUAUGGAGAAGGACAGCUUUGUAACGCUGCCGCGGGGGUCUUUUGUGCUGGUUGGGGGAGACCUCGCCUACCCGAGUCCCAACGACGAGACGUACACGACACGCCUGUUCGAGCCGUACCACGACGCGAUGAGCGGCAACGUGCGGCUGCAGAGCGUCUUCCACGCGGAGCAGCAGCGCGUGAUUGUCGCGGACGCGAGCGAUGCGGACGUUGCCCAUGUGCACCUGCUGGACGCUGAGACGGUGUCGAGGAUGGCGACAGGGCGUGCGGCGCUGCGGACGGGGCGCGCAACGGCGGAGGAGGCGCUGCGGAGCGUGCCGCUGCUGUUUGCGAUCCCCGGCAACCACGACUGGUUUGACGGACUGACGACGUUUCACAAGUACAUCCUUGAGCGGACGUGGAUCGGGGGGUGGCUGAUGCCGCAGCGAAGCAGCUUCUUUGUGCUGAGGCUGCCACACAACUGGUUCAUACUGUGUGGCGACACGGGCAAUAUGCAGGACAUCGACGUAGCGCAGCGCAACUACUUCCUGGACGUGAUUGAGAAGUACAUGGACGUGGAGAGCUGCGUGAUUCUGGCGUCGCACGAGCCGGGCUGGGUGUACGAUGCGAUGGAGAAAGAUGAGAAGGCUCGGCAGCCAGAGCUGAACCGUGUUGUCGAGGCUCUUGGCACGCGCCUUCGACUGCGGUUGGCGGGUGACAUCCACCACUACUCUCGCCAUGUACCGGUGGAUGCGUCAUCGGAGGCGGCGACGCUGGUGGUGAGCGGCGGCGGUGGCGCCUUCCUGCACGGUGCACGCGAUGAUUCUAUCAUCUCCCAGGGAACCAAGUAUGUCCGCGCCUGUGCCUUUCCGGAUCGGAACACGUUCAUGAACAUGGCGUCGCGCCUGUGGGGCUUCCGCGUCAUCAACUGGAAGUUCGAUUUGGUUGUUGGCUUCUUGUGCUUUGUUCUCCUCUUAUCUGUGCUGCCGCUGCCGAUGGAUUUGGAUCUAAACAGCCGUGGCACUACUCACAGAGGUGAUAAGAAGAUGCGGUUAGCACAGGUGUUCUCGCUCUGGGUGGGCUACACAACGGAGAUCAUGUCGCACGUCAUCACCCGCGGCAUUAUCUCGCUUUUCUCCCUUGUCUUCUUCUGGGUUUUCUUCUCCUCUGCUGGUGUUGACCGUCAUGCACCAUUUUUGUGGCGUCUGUGCUACGGCAGCGUGUGGGCCUUUGCGGUGCUGCUCUGCUGCUCCGGCGCCAUGGCCUUCCUGCAUGUGCAGCUCUUAUACCUUAUGAAUCACGAAUUGCUCGAAUCGACUGGCGGGCAUUGGGGCUCCGAGCUGGAGAACCAAGUAGUGUUCAUGACCAAUGCACUCAUUGACCAUCUUCAGAGCAUCACGGGUGGGGAGGAGUCGUGGGUGUCACGCCGGGUGAGCCGCGCGCACAACCCCGUCCUGGCUAUCAUCCCGACGGGGUGUCUACGUGUCCUUCUGCGCUGCUUUGACCCAUUCGAGUCGCUUAGCUUUCUCUCCAUGACCGUGAGCGGUGGUGAGAUGGCGCGCUUUUCGGCCACCGCGUCCCGGUUUCAGAUUUUGCUCUACUACACGUAUGUGCUCUUCUUCUACUGGGUGCUCAUCACGCCAAUCGUGUCCGUACUGAUCGGCACAUUUCUGCUCUUCUCUGUCACGACGUUCGACUACAUGUACAAUCCCACCUACUCGGCAUUUCAGAUGGAGGAGUACAAGCACUUUGUGCGCUUCCGCCUCGACGCUGCGACGCGCGAGCUGCACGCGUAUGUCGUAGCGGUGCAGAAGCCAGCGACGGUGUACCAACUCGACCGCGGCUACCUGUGGAGCCUGACGGGCCCAGGACUCGAAGAGCACCGGCCACCACACCUGAAGCACCACCCGAGUCGAUGGGGGCCGGUACCGAGCGACGUGCAACGCAAACGCCAUAUGACCGAACUUCUCGAGCACUUCACUGUCUACCCGCACCGCGGUCCGCAGCGGUCGAAGCCUCUGAAGAUGGAGCACGAAUGA